AUGGAGUCUUCCAACUCUAACCUUCCUUCCUACGAGGAAGCCACCGCUGGCCAGGAACGCCCUCGCAUCAUCGCACACAACCGACACUGCCCUGAGCAAUCAAACGAGGAAUAUCUCAUGAGCAAUCCUCAUCUUCAAUCCUCGUACCUCCCGAUAAGAGAAUGGACGCACAAUAUGCUUGGCACCACUACGGCUGAAACUCCAUGGCGGCUGGGCAACGACCAAAGGCAGAACGAUGUCAUCACUUGGCAAGUCUUCCAAGAGACUUCAAGCACGCCGGUGACUUCAACGCAGGAAAAUGUUGUUCAAUGGCUACGUCGUCUGUGUAUAGAAAUUUCGACGCCUUCUUCAUUUGCAGCGGGCGGAAUACCGUUGAGACCAGGCGACAUUGAAUACACUCUCAACACUGAGCAGAACUGGACUCGCAACUGGGGAUGGGAGGUCGAACUCUACGCAUAUGCAUACCCCGAGCACAUUCGAUGUUCCGAUUGGUCCGUGACUAUGCGUAUCUACCUCCACGACCUACCACGUCAGCUCCGUAUGGGUGGGAUUCAGUGGCGAGAUGUUGUCGUGUCGGAUUAUGACUUCCACAUGGAGCUUGACUCGUACCCAGAGCGCGGCUGGGACUGGAAGUUGACGUCGACUUGUGCAGCGACGAGUGACACGGCCCGGUCACAGAGGAAUUGGGAAGCUAGGACUAUGUCCUCGCGAAGGGUUCUGCCAUCCACUCCCGAGUUUUGGAGUUGUCUCUCGGAGGAUACGAUCUUUAGGCGAUGGAACGAUCAAGCAGAGAACCGGCCCCGGUUCUGCCAAGAGUCUAUUGCCGUUGCAAUCUGGGCGACUCCUACAUCAGUGGCUGAAGUGUCGUGGUGUCUCAUUGGCUGGCCGCUUCGAAUGCGAAAUACGGGCAACGCCCAGCGUCGCAGCUCCAGGCACCCAUAUUCCCCGGACGAUCGCGAAAUACGGCACCAAAUUUCCCUCUUCGGCUUUCGCUAUUUAAGAAUCAAGUCCCGGUCGAUUGUCCAAUAUGGAAGUUCAUCAACCCAGAACAAGUUCACCAUGGCGACCACUACCCAGUCGAAAUUCCACACCAUGUUCCACGAUGAUCCGUCCUACCAGGACAACAAGAUCGAUCUCUUUGCCCCGAGUCAAUCGCAAGACAAUGGCUUAACAGCAUUCGAGGGCAUCUCACCCUCCAACAUCGUCCCUUUGAGAAAGCUCAAGCAAUGGCCCCGAGCCGUCCUUUGUCCAGCCUGUCGAGAACUCUCCAUCACACGAGUUGAGCGCAAGAUUUGCAGCGGCACACAUGUAAUGGCUGCUUUUAUGUUUAUGUGCACUAUUGUUGGGGGCCCUGUUGUGUACAUGUCCAAGGCGUUCAAGAAUGUCGAGCAUUAUUGCUGUCGCUGCAAUCGGAGGCUAGCGUCUUUUCAUUUCAACACGGGGACUGAGAUUCAUGUUUACUAG